CACGUGACACGACAUUGGACCGUAGUUCAAGAUGGAGUCUGCGCCUUAUUUUGUAGCUUUCCACUUACAGUAAUCAUAAUAUGGCAAAUUAUAUCAGUGAUUUUUAAAGUUCUGAGUUUGAGAAGUUCAUUUUUUCUUUGUUUCUCGUCAACUGUUUGGGAUUUGAAUAUAGGUCUUUGAUGAAAAGAGAGGCUAUUUGCUAAAAAUCUUGUCAACUGAAACAUCUAGCUAGGUAGCGAUCGGUUAAGUGGUUGGAAUGUUCAUAAACGUUCUAUUAAUUCGGAGAUCGAUAUGACGUUGAGAGAGUUAAAGGUUUGCCUUCUUGGGGACACUGGGGUUGGAAAGUCAAGCAUUGUUUGGAGGUUUGUGGAGGACAACUUUGACCCUAACAUUAAUCCAACUAUUGGGGCAUCCUUCAUGACAAAGACGGUGCAGUAUCAAAAUGAGCUUCACAAAUUUCUCAUCUGGGACACUGCAGGGCAAGAGAGAUUCCGUGCGUUGGCGCCAAUGUACUACAGAGGCUCUGCGGCAGCCAUCAUUGUUUAUGACAUCACUAAAGAGGACUCGUUCCAGACGUUAAAGAACUGGGUGAAGGAGCUUCGCCAGCACGGCCCGCCCAACAUCGUGGUAGCCAUCGCUGGCAACAAGUGUGACCUAUCCGAUGCCAGGGAGGUCUCGGAGAAGGAUGCCAAGGACUACGCUGACUCCAUCCACGCCAUCUUUGUGGAGACCAGCGCCAAGAACGCCAUUAACAUCAAUGAGGUCUUUAUAGAGAUAAGUCAACGGAUCCCUGUCCUCGAUGCAGGGGGAGGGGCUGCAGGGAAUGGCUUCAAACUGCGCCGGCGGCCCUCAGAGACCCGGACCCGGACCUGCUGCUGAUGCCGCCAGUGAUUCCUGACCGUCGUCCCCACAUUGACCCUUGACCCCUGACCCUUCUCUGCUUGCAUCCUCCAUAAUCCCCCCCCCCUAACCACAGACCUGCGUCACAGAGACCUGGGAGCUGUAAAUUCCACUCCUCCAUCAGGAAACCCUGGUUACUACCGCCAUUGAAUCCUGCAUCAAAUGCUACACUGUAAAGAGAGAGCAGCCGAGCAAAUUACAGUUCACUUAGAUAUAUGACCAUAUCUCAUCGUUCUAUGCGGCUAACCUUGGCUUAGUUAUUGUGAAGCUGUAGUCUUGUGGUUUUUAAUGCCUAUCUGGAGCCCAAAAGGUUCAAAUGAAGUCCACAGCCUUUAAAGGCGCUGUAUUUGUCUUGCAGCAUUUACAGUGAUAUGACCUCUGCAGAAGUCAGGGCAUUUAUUAUUCUUGCUCUUAACCAAGCAGCACCGAGCUGUUGUCAAGGCAGUGAGUUUGUGUUUAUGCAGGACCUCCCGCCCACUCCUACCGUCAACCAAUCAUGUCACUGCGGAGUUAUACGGAGCACUCUAUUGUUACAAAAUUUGAGAUGCGCACAGUGAUGUGGUGAAUUGUGUCACACCAUCCAUACGGUGCAUCCAACUACAUUUUUGGAUUAAGCAUAAAUUGGAUCUCAGCAUUUAGCCUUUAGGUUCGUCAAGUAGGUCUAGGGUAACUAUCCUUUAGGAUCGCCAAGUAGGUCUAUGGCAGCUAUCCUUUAGGUUCGCCAAGUAGGUCUAUGGCAGCUAUCCUUUAGGUUCGCCAAGUAGGUCUAUGGCAGCUAUCCUUUAGGAUCGCCAAGUAGGUCUAUGGCAGCUAUCCUUUAGGAUCGCCAAGUAGGUCUAUGGCAGCUAUCCUUUAGGAUCGCCAAGUAGGUCUAUGGCAGCUAUCCUUUAGGAUCGCCAAGUAGGUCUAUGGCAGCUAUCCUUUAGGAUCGCCAAGUAGGUCUACGGCAGCCAUUUUCCCCUCAGCAGCCUCUACUGUGGCACACAGACAAUCCAUGUCUCAAGAUUUAAAAAUCCUUCUUUAACCUGUCUCCUUCCCUUCAUCUACACUGAUUGAAGUGGAUUUAACAGGUGACAUCAAUAAGGGAUCACCUGGUCAUUCUCUGUCAUGGAAAGAACAGGUAUUCCUAAUGAUUUGUCCACUCAGUUUAGAGAAAUGGGGUACCAUCUGAGAGGAAUCCUACAUCUGGCCUGUCCUUGAAGCUUUUCUGCGUGAAUUGUCCCCGAGUGGUCCAAAGCCAUAGCAUUUGCUAUGGUUUCCCCAAGUUGUAAGAGCUCCCCUCCCGGCUUUUUUUAUAUGUCUUGUAAUACUUCUGAAAAGUUUACACAGAUUUUAUUUCCGUUCUUAUCUUGUAAACCUCUACACGGGUCAUGGCAUCAUUGGCUCUGCAGCAUGCAGUGCUUCUUCUCUUUGAACAACCACAUGAUCUAUUUUCCAACAGGAGACUAAAUGAAUGUUCUAUACAAAUGUUCUAUUUGUUAAAUUGUGCUAAUGUAAAAGAAGUCAUUGUUCGAUUUUAUUUUUCUUCACAAAUUUAAGAAGAAACAUCUCCAACUCUAACUCUUGUGAACCAGGUAGAUGAGUCAGGUGCAUGAUGGGAAGUGUAGUUGUGUAGUCUGUUACAUUUUAAUGACCUUCACACAGUGCUUUGCAGCACAGGGCCAAGGCAGGUGUUUGCCAAACCGUUUUAGAAACAGUAAUGAAAAUCCCUAAUGGGGGUAAUGUGCUCUUUUUCUGUCAUAUUGUUUCUCCAUUACAAUUUCAGUGCUCAUCAAUAUCGUUAUGUCUAUCAGUGACUGCUUUAGCCUUGACACUUUGAAGGGAAAAUGGGUUUGAUAAAGGGGAUUUUAACUUGGCUGGUUGAUGUUUACCACCGAAAAGGAGUCAUUUUAUUGCUGUCUUUUACAUUGAGGCCUCGUCUCUUAGAGGGCCAGGCUGUUUGAGUGCUGACAAGACUGGCAGUCAGAAAGUGUGCGGUUAUAACUGCUAACGUUUUCCACUUUAAAAGUUGAUAGUUUGGGCGGCAGGGUAGCCUGGUGGUUAGAGCGCUGGACUAGUAACCGGAAGGUUGCAAGUUCAAACCCCCCGAGCUGACAAGGUACAAAUCUGUCGUUCUGCCCCUGAACAGGCAGUUAACCCACUGUUCCUAGGCCAUCAUUGAAAAUAAGAAUUUGUUCUUAACUGACUUGCCUAGUUAAAUAAAGGUAAAACAUUUUUUUAAAAUUUUUUAUUUAGCCAAUCGCUGAAAUUCUGUAAAUGAAUUUCCCCGGAGUGCUUGGACUAUACUGCCAGCCCUUUUACAGUGUUCACUGCGUUUCAAUGUUUUUUGAAAUGGCAUUUUAACUGUUUGUGUUAGUUGGCAACCCCGCCCGUCUGCGAUCUCUCACUGUUUUUUUGUUGUUAUGACCGUUUUACAGGAGAGUGAUUUUGUGAGGUCCUGCCAAUUCUUUAAUUGUCCCAUAAAAAUAAAAAAAAUCAUCGUUCUUUUACAGAAUAAGCACUGGCUCGCACAUCCAACAUAGUUUUACUACCUGGCCAGAGAUGAAAAAAAGGACUAUAUCUGGAAACUGGACUUGUUCUAAGAAGAACAAGUCGACAAUCUUUAGAUCUUUCUAAAGAAAAGGUUUCCCGCAGAGAACCAGGCACAGCUUUUCAUUGACAUGCUGACCCGCUGAUGAACCGUGCUCUCUUUUCAAUUCCAAAUGAUGUGCUCUACUCCGGGGACCUGUUUCAUUCGUUCCCCUUGCUCCUUCUCUCUGCUGCUGGCUGCCUUCACUACGCUGUGAAGCAAGCAAUUAAGGAAAGCUUGAAUAUGGUGUGCAUCUGGAACACCUUGUCCAAAAAUACAAAGAGAAGCGAUGAAGGAACACUGAGCAAUGUCCCUCUGUCUUAAAUUUCUCCUUUGUGUAGUACAGUGAUGUAAAGUCUCACAUUUUAGUUCCUGACCUAUUGCCAUUUGACAGGCAAUUUAGGGAUAAUGCCUAGCAUAGAGCGAUCCAUGUAGUUGUUCCCCUUUUGAUUUCCUCCUAGUGUCUUUCUCUCUUGCCGAAAACACGUGAAUGGGCCACAUUUAACACCAGCUGAGGACUGGCCAGCCUGCCUCGAGCUGUGGACUGGCCAGCCUGCCUCGAGCUGUGGACUGGCCAGCCUGCCUCGAGCUGUGGACUGGCCAGCCUGCCUCGAGCUGUGGACUGGCCAGCCUGCCUCGAGCUGUGGACUGGCCAGCCUGCCUCGAGCUGUGGACUGGCCAGCCUGCCUCGAGCUGAGGACUGGCCAGCCUGCCUCGAGCUGUGGACUGGCCAGCCUGCCUCGAGCUGAGGACUGGCCAGCCUGCCUCGAGCUGUGGACUGGCCAGCCUGCCGUCUGAAUUGUCGGUCCUUUAUCGUAACGUGUGCAUUUGUUCACUUCCUUUCAUUGAUUUAAAGGAAAUGACUGGUUUAAGAAAUAUGAUGGAAAAACUCUCUGUAUUCAGUGGACACCAAUCUAACCCAAUUCUUUUAAAUGAGCGGGGAGGAGUACACAAUUGCACACGGUUUAAGGGAUAGGAGGGAUAAUUGUGAUUCAGGGUGGGUCUCUUGAGGUGAAGUUGUCUUCAAUGGGCUUUUGUCCUUUCCAUUAUAAUCAGUGCUGAUGGGGAAGGUGUGUUAAUAGUUGACUGUAAUGUUCUUCAGGAUUUAUUUUGUUUGACAACCAUGUCAGUGCAAUAAUUGUCUUUAUGGCAAGGGUUACUAAAAUGUGACAAGAAUCUUUAGGUAUCGAGAAGAUCUAGUUUCAAGUUUUAUUGUCACAUGCACAAGUACAGUGAAAUGCUCGACUUGCACGCGCUACCCAAAAGUGCAGUAAUCAAUAUCAAAAUAGUAUAACAUUUUUUGUGUGUGUGUGUGUGUGUACUGAACAAAAAAUAUAAACGCAACGAUUUUACUGAGUUACAGUUCAUAAGGAAAUCAGUCAAUUGAAAUUAAUGUAUUAGGCCCUAAUCUAUGGAUUUCACAUAACUGCUUAGGGACACAGCCAUGGGUGAGCUUGGGAGGGCAUAGGCCCACCCACUUGGGAAUCAGGUCCAGCCAAUCGGAAUGAGUUUUUUUUUUUUUUUCACAAAAGUGCUUUUAUUGCAGACAGCAAUACUCCUCAGUCGAUCCCGCACGUGAAGAAGCCGGAUGUGGAGUACCUGGGCUGACGUGGUAACACGUGGUCUGUGGUUGUGAGGCCGGUUGGACGUGCUGCCAAAUUCUCUAAAAUGGAGCCGGCUUAUGGUAUUGAAAUGAACAUUAAAUUCUCUGGCAACAGCUCUGGUGUAUAUCCCCGCAGUCAGCAUGCCAAUUGCAAGCUCCCUCAAUUUGAGACAUCUGUGGCAUUGUGUAUUGACAAAACUGCACAUUUUAGUGGCCUUUUGUCCCCAGAACAAGUUGCACUUGUGUAAUGAUAAUGCUGUUUAAUCAGCUUCUUGAUAUGCACACCUGUCAGGUGGAUGGAUUAUUUUAGUAAAUGAGAAAUGCUCACGAACAGGAAUGUAGACAAAUUUCUGCACAAAAUUUGAGAAACUUUUAGUGUGUAUAUGGAAAAUCUGGGAUCUUUUAUUUCAGCCCAUGAAACAUGGGACCAACACUUUUACAUGUUACGUUUAUAUUUUUGUUCAGUGUAAUUAGGAAACCACAUGGCCAGGGGCUGAUGAGUCUGUUUGUCUGAGCCUUGAUACACCAGUAUCUUCUACUCAGUCACCGCCUGGCAUGUAUUUCAUGGAUGGCUGGGAGCUCACCCACAAUGAUGAGGUGGAACUGUCCGGUCCUCCCUCUGUAGGGCCUUCCGGUCGAGGGCGUUGUAGUUGCUAUAUCAGACAGUGAUACCACCAGUCAGGAUGUUCUCGGUGGUGUAGCUGUAAAAGUUCCUAAGGAUCUGAUGGGCCGUGCCAAAUCAUUUCAGCCUCCAGAGGGAGAAGAGGCACUGCCGUGCCUUCUUUACGACUAUGCUGUUGUAGGAGGACAAUGAUAAGUCCUCAGUGAUGUAGACACAGAGGAACUUGAAGCUCUUGACCCUCUUCACUGCAGCCCCGUUGGAGGGGCCCCUCUUUCCUCAAUUCCAAGAUCAGCUCAUUGGUCUUGCUGACAUUUAGGGAGAGGUUGUUGUGCUGACCUCUUCCCUGUAGGGUUUCCCAAAUGCGUUCCUCGGGACCCCAAGGGGUGCCUGUUUAUUUUUUUUGCCCCGCACUGCAUAGCUGAUUAGUUGAUUUAUUUUAAUAAUCAAGUUUUGAUCAUUUCAAUCAGCUGUGUAGUGUUAGGGGAAAAAACAGAAUGUACUCCCCUUGGUGUCUCGAGGACCGAGUUUGGGAAGCGCUGCUGUAGGCUGUCUCAUCGUCAUUGGUGAUCAGGCAGACCACCGUCGUGUCGUUAGCAAACUUGAUGAUGGAGUUGGAGGCGAACUAUGAGUACAGGAGGGAGCUAAGCACACACAGUUUGGGGGGGCCCUGUGUUGAGGGUCAGCUUGUUGACUGUGUUGUUGCCUACCCUCACCACCUGAUGUCGGUCUGUCAGGAAGUCCAGGAUCCAGUUGCAUAUGGAGGUGUUCAGUCCCAGGGUGACGAGCUAUAAUAUGCUUACAUGUUACUUUUAGUGAUUUAAGUUUUGAGCUUCUGAUCAUCAAUUAUUCAAAAGGCCUUUAAAAAUACAAUGUUUAUGGUUGUGGCGAUUUAAGUGUUCCUCAAUGAUUUCCACUUGAAAUGAUAUCGUAGUUAGCCAGGACAGUGCAUUUAUUAAAAAGGGAAAUGUAUUUCUGGUACUUUACAACUGCACUUUCAGAUGAAAUAUUUGUGAACCUUUUAGGUAUAUCAUUGCUGAUUUAUUUUGCCGCCAUUUUUCUGCAGCAAACUGAUCUGAAAAAAUAUUAACCAGACAAGUCCCAAUACGUCUUGUACUGUUUGUUUGAGUAAAUCAUUUUCUUUCAUAGCCUUUGUAAUGGCAUUGCAUCAUAUGCCUUUGUAUUCCAGCAAUCAUUAUUUUACAGUAUGACUUUUUAUUUUGCUCUCUUAACUUUGUAGAUGAGGCAGCUUCUUCUCUGACAUGUAAAAUGUAAUUUCAAUAACACACAUCACAAUUGCAUUGCUCACAUUUGUUCUAAUGCUUAACAGUUGGAAAUGUAGAUAUUUGUAACAUAAAUAACAGUGUAAUGUCUAGGUGUACUCAUGUCUGGUGUGUGACAAGAUAAAGUUACUGAAUUUGGCAUUGGAGUGCUAAGGGCCUAUCAUAGAAAGACAACCAGUUGCAUUAAUAAUUUUUGGGGGAAAAUACCAACAGUCUUAGGCUGGUCCUGAGAGAUUUUGCAGCAACACAUUAUGUGAAUUGUCUUAUUUGAUGUAGAUGCCACCAAACAUGCACACAAAUCAAUUACCAUUUUAAAAAUCAAUGACUAUUUAGCCUGUAAGAUUGAAUAUAAUGUAUGUUACAUUGUCGGAGAUGCUAGACCAGGCAUAGAUCUACACAUGCAUAGUAACUCCACCACUACUUUGUCAUAUUUAGCUUUCAUACUUGUCAUAAUGACUGUAAACAAUAACCAAAAAAAAAAAGUCUGAAACAUGUUAGCAUUGUUUUGUUGAAUGUCGAAAAGGGAAUUGUCAAGCAGUUUACUAAUAAAUAAAAACAUAUUGAA